ACCACAAUGCUACACCGUCCACAGAAAGGAACAAGGUCUCAGUCGCUCUGGGCAUUCUAAACACCAAGGAUGGGAAGCUCCGCGCUUUCUGCCCUCCUACCACUGUUCACCGGAGCUUUGGCCUUGAUCCAGGUCCAGGCAGGCUUCCAUUCCUUGCAGUUUUUUGCCACCGUCACAUCCCAGCCUGGUUUGAGAGAGCCUGCCUUCAUCUUCGUCGGAUUCGUGGACGAUUCACAGUUCCUGUGCUACAACAACCAGGGGGAAAGUCAGAGAAUGGAGCCCCGCGCGCUGUGGGUGAGGCAGAUGGGGCCUGAGUAUUGGGAGCGGCAGACCCGGACCGUCAAGGACAUUGCAAAGAAUUCCCGAGUGAACUUGAAGGAGGCUAUGGACGUCUACAACCAUAGCGGGGAUGGCUCUCACGUCUUUCAGUGUGUGUCCGGCUGCGACGUGGGGCCAGAGGGACUCUUCCUCCGCGGGUACGAGCAGCACGCCUACGACGGCCGCGAUUACCUCGCCCUAAACCCGGACCUGCGCUCCUGGACCGCAGGCGACUCGGCGGCGCAAAUCACGCUGAGCAAGUGGGAGGAGGCUGGUGUCGCGGAGCAAAGGCGAUCCUACCUGACCGGCGAGUGUGUGGAGUCACUUCGCACAUACCUGGAGAUAGGAAAGGAGACUCUGCUAGGAGCAGUUCCUCCAAAGGCACAUGUGACCCAUCACCCCAGACCCGAAGGAGACAGCAUCCUGAGGUGCUGGGCCCUGGGCUUCUACCCUGCAGACAUCACCCUGAUCUGGCAGCUAGAUGAAGAAGACCAGACCCAGGACAUGGACCUUGUUGAGACCAGGCCUGCAGGGGAUGGAACCUUCCAGAAGUGGGCAGCUGUGGUGGCGCCUUCUGGAGAGGAACAGAGAUACACAUGUCAUGUGCAUCAUGAAGCACUAACCCAGCCCCUUGUUCUGAGAUGGGACCCUCCAAAACCCACCAUCCCCAUCAUGGGAAUCACUGCUGGCCUGGUUCUCUUUGGAGUUGUGUUCACUGGAGCUGUGGCUGCCAUUGUGAUGAGGAAGAGCAGAGGUUCUCACACUGUACCUCAGGAUGACCUGGAACUCACCCUGUAACUCUGAAGGCUAAUCUUCAUUGUCAUCUGGACUGGAUUUAGAAUCUCCCAGGACUUGCAAUUCUGGAAAUGUCUGUGAAGGUGUUUCCAGAGAUUAACUGAGGAGGGGAGGGCUUCAAUGAAUGUGGAAGCCUGUGAUUUGGGGGACCAGACUGAAGAAAAGGGAGGUAAGAGCCAACAUCCCCAUAUUCUGCUGCCUGAUGCAUUGGAGAUGUGAGUCAUUCCCUCCCAGCCACAUGGUCCAGCUUCCAUGAACUCCACCAUGGCUUUUCUGCCAGGAUGGGUUGCACUUUCUUAAAUCAAAAAUGAAAAUAAAUCCUUCUUACCUUAA